GUCCUUCGAACCGGAUGGAAGAUACCAGCGACUAAAAUAAUACGGUCAAGAGGAAUUGUGGAAUUACUGGAGAGUUACCUAUCAAUUGGCAUCGGGUGGCACCAUCAUCUCGAACAAAGAAGAGACAAAGGAUCGUCUAAAGUGGUCGAGAUUUAAUUUAUUACAAGACUUUAGUAAAGAAAAGUGGUAAUCCAGUGCUAAUUGUGUGUAUUAAAUUUAAUCCAGCACUCUACAGGUAUUAUUUAAGCGUAAUUUAACUCUGUGACAAGGUUGACUACACUCGCUUCCCAAAAAUGGCUGAAGAAAAAGAGCUAAUUGCCAGGCGGGCCAGCUAUAAAGGCCGACUAACCAUUUUUGAGAAAUAUAUGGAUGAUUUGGACGUUGCUUCACUGACAUCGGCUGAGGUAAAUGAAUUGCAGUUGUGUAUGGGUAAAAUUGAGUCGUUGUAUGGCCGUUAUGAUGAGGUUCAAUUGGUACUUGAGUGCAGUUCGAGCAACUCUGACGCUCAGUUAGCUGAGCGAGCAGACUUUGAAAGUAGGUAUUUUAAAUUACUUUCUAAGGCACAAGACAUAUUGACCAAACACGCCAAACAGCAAGAAUCGAGUUUCAACUCAGCCGCAAGCGACCAAUCAUCGCGUAAAGGAAAUAAUAAGCUUGUUCGGUUACCGACUAUUCAAUUGCCAAAAUACAAUGGUUCCUACCAAAAUUGGUUAGGCUUUCGCGACACCUUUACUAGCCUCAUUCACUCCAACGACGGCAUUGACGACAUAAACAAAUUUCAUUACCUUAGGACUUCCCUGGAGGCAUCCGCAGCAGUCGUCAUACAGUCGGUGGAAUUCUCGUCUGACAACUACGCGUUGGCUUGGAAACUUCUAUGUGAUCGCUUCAACAACAAGCGCCAGUUGCUGCAUAAUCAUGUAUCGGCCUUGUUCAAUAUUGAACCGAUUGCACGAGAAUCUUCUAGCCACAUUAAAAGGGUCAUAGAUCAGGUUAACAAAAACCUUCGUUCUUUGGAAACACUAGGCGAACCCGUUAAAGAAUGGUCAACACUUCUCAUUCACUUAAUUUCACAGAAGUUAGACACAAAAUCAUUUCGUGAGUGGGAAGAGUUCAAAGGCGGUUUAGAUAAAAACAAAACAGUUACUUUCGAGGAGUUCCUAACUUUCUUACAAAACCGUGCUGAUUUACUCGAAACACUCGAAUUAUCAUCAAAUCAGUCACUUCAACACACUAAAAGUGCAACUAAAAUUAAAACUAUGAUAGCCGUGCAAGAUAAAAUAGGUAAUAAUAACAAUAAAACUCAGCCGCCGGCGACUAAGCCGUGCCCGAGAUGUAAGGGCGAUCAUUGCUUAUCAAACUGUGCGCAAUUCCUCGCGUUAAGUAAUACGGCUCGGUUGCAAUCACUACCUAACUAUAAGGUUUGUUUUAACUGUUUUAGAGGUGGUCAUUAUGCCAAUCACUGUAAGAAAACUGGUUGCAAGAUAUGCAAACGCAAACACCAUACGCUAAUUCACAUAUCUGAGGGCAUACCUAGAUCAACAUUAAACAGUGAUAAUAGCACGAGCGUUAUCAGCGGUGUCGACCAGCAGACUGCGCCCGCGCUCCCGUCCCCCGCCGGCGUCGAGUCGGCCCAGGUUGCAUUGUCAGCAAAUGUGUUGCCGAGUAGUUCGUCUUCGUAUUGA